AUGCCCCUAGUCAACAUCGAGGGCAAUGUAUCGAAUGCGUUUACCGUUAUCAACCAGGCGGGCGCUGAUAUGUCGGUGCCUAUACGUAACGUGAACGUUGUGAAGCCGCUAGAACGCCAUGUGCCUCCGGCGCCCGAUAACGCGCAGUCGAUCCUCGACCCGAAGUUCUCGCGAGCCCUGGACUACAAGUUGCGCCGGCUCAAGGAGAAGGAGACCCUCGCUGCCAACCUCCGCCGGCCGACGCGCUGCCGGCCACACCCGCACACCUCCCAGCCCGACAUCCGCGUGACCGACGGGAUGAGGCCGCAGGAUGUCAGCCGUUCUCAUCCCAGGAUCGACACUCUUGGCGCCGAACGGCACAGGAUACUGCCGAAAAUCGAAACGCCGUCGCCCACUAAAGUCCGAGGGAAAGUUAACGGAGGCAGUGAAUCCGAUAAGCCCCGCUUCGUGACUACUGUGAAGAGUGGGGAAUUCCUACUACCGCCGCCCGAUCUGGCGCGUCUCCUAGGUCUCAACACGCUAUAUCCCUUAUACACGCCGCGUAGCAGGGAAAACCUGGUCUACUCUUACUCAAGUCGGCCCAAGCCGGUGGCUAACAGGACGAAACGGUCGCUAGUUGAGAAGAAAGAGAAGUCGGAUCGCCCAGACGCGGCCCAAGUCCCCAAUGAAGCGAAACGAAUGCGAGGCGUGUUUAACGGGGUGAGAAAUCUGGCUGCCGGAGUGUCCGGACUGCAGCAACUGCUGAAAGAGAAUGAGAAUCGCCUUCACCCAGAUGGGAGCGUCACGACGGCCGCCACUGGCGCGACGGGCGCUCAGUACUCCAACGUGAUGCACGACAAGAGGGUGGUGCGGGGCAGCACUUUUGCAGCACAUCCACAUGCAGCUGGUGAUGGAGCGGAAAGUGCGGCGGCGCGAGCGGCGCGCACACGCAGACGUGCGUUGGCACGACGUGCUGCUUUGGCUCGGCUGCGACCUGGCACCCCACCGCCUGCACCAGGUCGAAGACACCACCCCAUUCAGACUGAAUACUACCUCGAGGAGUUGUUCGACAAAGGCGUCGAGAUGGAGGUGGGUGUGCAGACAGACCUCUUCGUCGACCGACCGGCCACGCCGAUCUACGUGCCUGCUAAGACCGGCGCAGACGCAGCCACACAGAUCUACCCGGGAGAUCUAUUCGACUUCGAUCUAGAAGUGCAACCAAUACUCGAAGUGCUGGUCGGCAAGACGGUUGAACAGGCCCUAGCCGAAGUGGCGCAGGAGGAAGAGCUUAGCACCCUACGUGAGCAGCAGCGUCGAUACAGAGAGUUGCGAGCAGCCGAGCUCGCUGAACGGCAACGGUUAGCAGCACAAGACAGGCGGCUGCAUCACGAAGCGCAACGGCGAGUCGCAGAGGCCCGCCGUGCGAAAGUCUCCGCGACAGAAGCGAGACACCGCGUCGCUGCUAGUGCCCUGGUCCAGGGUUACGUGGCGGAACUCUUGCCUUCAGUGCUGGCUGGCCUCCGAGACGCUGGGUACCUCGUGCGUCGGCUGCAUAGAGGUGUAGAAGAAGAGUUCAUGCCGUGGCUGGUGGAAGAGGUGUCAAAGGAGAUCGAGUCUAUUAUAACGAGUCGCGAUGUUAUAAGCGAGAUAGUCCGCGAGGUGGCAGAGGCCCGAGCAGAAUUGUACGCUGCGGCCGGUGAACGAGAGUACGAAAAUGAGACGCCACCAGACUCCAUCACACCACCAGAGCUUGCUCCUGAAGAAGAAGAAGAGUACCCUCGCCCUAUCUCGCAGUGUGACGAAUCGCCGUGGUGCGGUGUCACUGCAGGACCAUGA